AUGAACAGCUGGGGGUCAAGUCAUGCAGACGAGCAGCCGAACCAUUACCCCGGCUGGUCGAUAGCCGCAAGUCCUAGCAAUCACCCAUCGCCAGGCCGGCGAGAGCAUGCUGUGCAGCCGCCUUUGUUGACCACGGCACUGAACGGUUCGCAGUAUCAGGGUCUCGGGGCAGGCCUGGGUCUGACGCCGACCCCAUUGUCCACGACCUCGCUAUCAAGCCCGUUCACGCACGGUCAAUCGCCGUGCGUCCCAUCGCCAGCAAACGGCAGAUCGGUGUCCUCCUCUUCGAUGGCAUCUAGAAACGCAUAUAAUGUUCCCUAUAAUCCCCAGGAUUGGGGGCCUCCGGGCAGGUCCCAGGCACAGGGCUAUGCUCCACAAACUGCCAUGCAUCGGACACAGAGAAACGACCCAGAUGCAUCGCUAUCACCACCUCCCCCACCAUAUUCGCCGCCUAACAAUCCAAAUCGAAUGACCCAAAACUUUUCAGGGCAGGGAAGUUCCAAUUUCAUGGAGACUCCUUCUCCGCCGAAUCGCAGAGAAAAUGAAUAUGAUAUGCCCGCUCAGUACCAAAGACGCUCGAACCGUCCAAGGCCUCUGUCAAUGGUUUACUCGUCUGACUCGGGGUCUCAUCACCAGUCACUACCUCCACCACCACCUCCGCAGGGGCCUGCGAAUAGGUCGGUAUCCCAAAGUCGAGUAGACUACCAAGGCAUGCCUUACGGUGACCAGGCUGCGAAUUAUCACACCCCACCCAGCCAUCAAGCGAGGCCACAGGCCCAAUUCCAGCCUGGGUUCCAUCCGACACCGGCUCACUUAGAGACUCCAUCCCGGCCUCCUGCAUCGCGCAGAGCAGCAUCGGCUGGGGCUGUGGUUAGCAGUGCAGGGUCGUCGAGAGCUGCCAGCCAAUCUCGAAAUCGAUCGCCAUCUAACAGUAAUUGGGAGCCUGGAAUGCCACUUCCGCCGCCGCCGCCAGGGCCUCCUCCUACGACGAGGUCUGUUAGCGUAAGUGGCUCGUCCGAGUCAUCGAUGAGGACACCGCAAGGAUCUAGUACUCAUGACUCGGGCCGAACGUCGAGAAGAGCGCCUCCCGUCCUUGGAACAGGACUGGGAAGCAUUCCGCCUACACCAGCCGAUUGGAUAGAUGAGGGAUACUUGAACAGCCGGCCAACAGAAGGACUAUAUGUUGAUACUGCCAAAGCUGCCAAACACCAAGACAGCGCGGAUUCCCACGACCCAUCCAAUCAGAAAACCCCUGGCAGUGGCGGUCUUUUCCGUAGUUCGGCGAUUCGCGAUCCCAGUGCGAAGGGUAUCCGCGAAAGGCGUAUCGAGCGACGCAAUCGACAAAGCCAGGUCUUUGAACCCCCCAGUGCAAUAUCUCAAAAUGGGAACCCGUGGGCCGAUGCUCUGGAACAGAUCAAACCCUCAAAUCUCAUCCUCCCGGACCAAAGCACCAGCCCAGAUCAAAUUCGACAUCCGUCUUCGGCCAAGUACACUCCCACGCCUCUCAGCACCCGGAGUGUUGCAUCAGAGGGACAGUCUGCUCCCUCCAGAUCACGCGCAUCCUCCGGUGGUCUCUUUUCCGAACAAUCCCCCUACGGGACCCCCAAACAGCAACCGAGCUCUGCCGGUCCCUCUACUUCGUUUGCACAUACACCUCCCUUUUCGCCGGGCGGGACAGGAUCUUCAGGAUAUCCCAAAGAAGCCAGUCAAGCAGUCCCACCAAAAGCACUGCCAACACCUCCUCUCAAUUCGGCAAAGGAUGCACGACCACGGUCCCGCGCUCCCUCCAGAGGAGCCGAGGGCCGUCCUAUAUCUCAUAUCCUCCAUAUGCCAAAUGAUUCUGUGUCGAUGAUGAAGCCAUUGUCGCCCCGGAGAACGCCGAGUCAGUCACCGCAGGCGUCUAUGGAAUCGGUGAUCAGACAAGAUUCUUCAUUCCUGCAGGAUGCCAUUCAGCGACACAAGACUUUCGUUGCAAAGGAAGCUUCUGCAGUGGACGAGACCGAGGCACUCAAGACAUUCGCGGACUAUAUUCUUGCCGAAGCUCAAAUUCGACGCCAACGUUAUUCAAAAGUGUGGGAUGAUUUCCAAGUAGACGACGUUCGUCGCAAUCUCUUCGAGCUACCUGUCACCAAGCCAGGCCCAGGCCUGCCAAAGCUGGACAUCCCGCAGAAUCGAGCAAAUCGACCCGAGACUGCAUGGUGGAACAACUACCAGCCCUGUCUCUCGCCAAUUGCCAGUCUCAACAUGAGCAAUGAUGAAAUGAGCUCGCGGGGUCGUGCACCGAGUCGCUGGUGGGAAUCCAAGACUGGUUCAAGUAGCGAUGGGGCUGGACGACGAGUUCAACGAUCCAAGCGGGAAUCAAAGUAUAUGGGACUACCUCCAUUGCAGUGGGAUCAGGAGUUGACACCUCAGCAAGAUGUCAGUAUGAACUACGGCCCGCAUGAGUAUCCUCCAGAGAAGGUGGGUUGGCAUGAAGACUCUCCAUCAAAUUCCACGGGCACUGGGUAUCGCUACCCAAGUAGUCGGAGCUUGGAUAUCUCACGGUUGAUCACUAUGCCUCCACCUUAUCCUCGCCACCACCCUGCUGUGAACAACAGCCAUCCUGAUCUGGUCACUCAUCGGACUACCGUCCGAUCAAUUACAGACCUCACCGAGGUCAAAACCACCAGACAUCGGUACAAGGCCGAUGUGGAACGGAUGUUGCAGGAGCACCAACAGCAAGUUGACGAGGGCCACCGGCACUUCAAAGCCAAUAUCCAGAGCCAGAUACAGGAAGGAAGUCUCACAUUUGCGGAGGCCGCAGAAGCCGAGGCGGCGAUGAUUGCCGAAGAGAACGAGCGAGAGAGAAUCAUGGUCAAGCGCCAGCUUGACGCGUACCAGGAUGCUGUGCUCAAGCCCAUGAACGCCAUCCUUGUCGACAGGAUUGGUAGAGCAACCAGCUGCAUUGAAGAGCUGAGCAGCCUCCUCUCCGAUGAUGCCCAGCGCGGCACGCCCGACGAAACCCAAGAAGAAGGCGACGAGAAACCAGAGCUAUUGGAGAAACUCACACAGCUAAAAUGGCUCUUCGAAGCCCGCGAGCAGCUUCACCGAGAAUCCUUCGAUCUGAUCAGUGACCGCGACGACAAAUACAAAGCCGUGGCCUUGCUACCCUACAAACAAGCCAAGAACGAAGAAAAGCUCCGUGAAACACAAGCCUUCUUCACGCAGGACGCCCUGGACCGCCGCGUGCAGUUCGAAAACGAAGCCCUCACCCGACUCGAGUCAUUCCUAGAUGUCAUCGAGCAGAAUGUCGUGCGAGGCGUCGAGGUGCAACUCUCUGCAUUCUGGGACAUUGCGCCCUCUCUCCUCGCCCUCGUGCAGCAGGUUCCCGAAAAUCUUCAGGGCUUCCAGGUGCAGAUCCCGGCGGACGAAUACGAGGAGAACCCCAGCUACCACGCGCAUCCCCUGCAGUAUCUCUAUACGCUACUUUCUCAUGCAGAGAAGUCCAGUUACCAAUUCAUCGAGUCGCAGACUAAUCUGCUUUGUCUGUUACAUGAAGUGCGAUCUGCUGUGAUGCGGGCGAAUCGGGUUCUCGUGGAAGCCGAGCGCAUCAAGUGUGGGGCGACGGAGGAGAAUGUGCGCCGUCAGAUGAUGGAGACCCGUGCCGAUGAAGAGCUGGCUCUUACCACUGAUCUUAAGGACAAGGUGGCUACUGUCGAGGGACAGUGGUCUGAGGCGUUGGGAAGUCAGAUUGAUGAGUUACGAGAACGAGUGAAGGAGCAGCUUGUGAGAGAGGAUGGAUGGGAGGAUCUGGAGCAGUUGGAGGAGUAA